AGUGCCCUUCGAUCACCGUCACUUAGUGAAGCGACUAGAAUCUUUCCACAAGAAGAUGCCGGAGCUCUGGACUGCCGUACCAUGGAACGAAAUAAAAAACUUCAAGAGCGUCUUAUCAACUUAUUUCACAUGACACUGAAACUAGCAGCGGAAGUAUCAGCCGGUGUAGAAAAGUGAUUAAACAAUACAUGUUCCUGCCCACCUAUAUCUUUUCCACCCUGUCCGCCGUCCCUGUCGCCGACAUUAAUUCCAGGCGCGAAAUACGUUCAUGAAAUCGGAGCGGAGAUGGUUGGUAAUCAGUUAAUAAUCCGCAUGGAAAAAGAUAAAAAUAAAGGAAAAAAGAAACGCAAUCAAUGGGAACCGCCAUGUGAUUGCGAUAUGGUAGAAAUACGAAGAUCAUCGAAAGAAGGACCAAAAAUAGUUAACGGUGGUGACAACAAUCAAAUUCUAUUUAAAAUACAUUCAAAAAAUCAUAUGGGUUCAAAGGAUGACUCCAACUACAAACCCCAGGCAAUUGCCUAUAAGGUAGGAGCCUGCAGAGGAGGCCAGCAAACCAAUGAUCAAUGCAGAACAAUAACAGUGCAUCCUCAAUUCGGAGGUCCAGGUUCACAGGAAGUGCACAGCGAUCACAUAAGGGAAGGGAAUCACGAAAUUUUUCUUCUUCGUAUUAAGAAAAAAGGAAACAGCCCUGAACAAAGACAGCAAAACAUAGAAUUAGAAUUAAAAACACCAAAACCACCGACACCACCACCAACGCUUCCAAAACCACCUGCGAAGGAGGAGACGUUGAGAGAGGAAAAAUCAGAGACUAAGAAUACCCAAAAAAAAGAUGAGAAAAAGAAAAAGAAAAAAGAAAAAAAGAAAAAAUAAUAUCCACGCGAUAGUAAAUAAAAGUCAAUAUCGUAAGAUCCAUUAAAUUUUUAAUAGAUGCUAAUUAAAUAAUUGCAUAUUUUUAUUGCACGUUAUUUUUUUUCUCAAACUUUCAAGAGCACGCGAAAGGAAGGAUGAUCUUUAUUCUCUACCUGUACUACUUAGUCAUUCGCAUAUUUCGUUCAUUCAUAAAAUCAGCGUACUAUGCAUAUAUUCCGUAGGAUAGACCCUACUCGACCGAAGUGUAAAAAUUGUUUCGUUACGGACGCCUCAAUGAGAUUCUUUCGCUUUAGCCUCCUGGCCUCUAUCCACUUCUGAAUGAAGUACCCAGGGUAAUGGACGAGGCGGCACGAGUGAAUGAGAUUCGUGACGAUUUGCAAGGAUUGAUGACGCUUCGGGUCUCGAGAGACCAGCCACUCGAUUGUGUGACGUCCUCAUCGUCAUCGUUUUCAUUCUCCCCUCAAGCUACAACCAGCAGACUAUAGUUUCACGGUACAUUACUGGAAGCUACUCUCUACUUUUCAUACAGCAAUACAGUGAUCUUUCAGUGAUCUUGCUACUGAUUGUGAAGAAUCACAAAAACCUGCUAACCAUUCAUGUCAUGAAUUUUCGACGAAUCUCACUAGUUACCCGAUUUUGGUCAAUGACUUUCAAAACGUCUACUACACUUUGACGUGUCAAAGGAGAAAAUUGAGAGGAGUGACUUUUUUUAUAUCUUCUUUUUGGAGGGUAUAAAUCAAAUAUUAAGAUUGUCAUACAGCUUAUUAGGCUGCAUGGCUAUUAUUGUGUUAAUUUCGUCGUAAGAAGAUGAAAGGUUAAAGAAGACUUUAUUUUUCUGUUUUAUAUUUAUUUUUGAAUUUCUUACUGCCAAUUUUGCACCAUAUAAAAAAAUAGCUGGGUCUUGUUGGCAGACUUGCGUGAAAUUCGCUCGACUCACGUAACGCAUAAUGGACCUAGGUCGAUUUACAAUAAGGGAAGGAAAAAUUGUGGCAGGUUUGUGUGUGUAUAAGACGAGAAUGAAGGAAAGACAUAAUAAGAGAAAAAUGUAGGUAGUUCAUAACCGUGAAUGACGUGGGAGUUCAUAAGAGAGUCUAACGUUCUGUGUGGCCACGAUUGGCCACAAUGACGACGCCUAUAAAUUAGACGAGCUCAAAGACGCGCACUCGGUACUUGGAAAAUAGCGUGACGCGUGUGAUUGAACAGUAGGAAGAACCCCACAUAUUCAUUCAAAAAUCCCAUAAAGAACUCUGGACAUUUUGCGGUUCGUUUCAAUGGCGCGACAAGUGACCAUACUGUUAUAAUAAGGACUCCUCGUGUUGAAUGAAUAUAGCGGAGUUUUUACAGUUUGGUUUUGAGUCUGAACUAACAGCAUUAAGAAAAAAAUCGCAAAAUUUAUAGUAUUCACAAGAUAUUUUGCCAAUUCCGAAAUACUUAUAAAAAACUGAAAUAUUAAUUAAAAAAUUCUCAGUACUUGUUAUCUCUAUGAUUUUUUUCUACGUAUGUCCAGAUUUAAGAAAGUGUGAAUUUUCAAGUUUUCCUAAAAUCUCAUGUUGCCUAACCAUGAGAACCAUUCGCUACCAUGAAAACGUUACAUUCGCCACAAGACGAAUGUCCACGUAUUCAGUGUCCAUUGCCAAGGUUCUAUCCGGAAUUCUUUGUCACGGCACAAAGUCACCAACCAGAAUCGAAUUCACCGACUAACAUCUUAGUCGCCAUUUCAUUGUCAGUUAUUUCCCAUAGCUAAAGAAAAUGAUCUAA